AUGAAGAACAGGCUCAAAGGCAGACAAAAUGGUUACAUGGCACUCAACCUUGACAUGAGUAAGGCAUACGAUAGAGUAGAAUGGAGUUUCCUGCAAUCAGCAUUAUUGAAGAUGGGCUUUGACAGUAGCUGGGUGGAACUGGUGAUGGAAUGUGUAUCUACAGUGAGCUACUCGAUCUUGGUGAAUGGCAGAAUCACAAGGGGCAAUAUCUGGGAUACCAGUGGCACGAGGAGCCAUGAGAGUUACUCACUUGUUUUUGCAGAUGACAGCCUAGUGUUUUGUAAAUCUAACCCUGAGGAAUGGACUAGACUACAACAUACUCUAUCUUCUUUUGAGCUGGCUUUUGGACAGCGCCUCAAUUUUGAGAAGUCCUCCAUCUAUUUCAGUAGCAACACCAAACCAGACACUCAAUUCUCCAUUUUAGAGCUAGCAGGCAUCAAAGCAACUGGAGCUUUCGACAAGUACUUGGGUCUACCAUCUUAUGUUGGUAGAAAUAAGCAAAAAGCCUUCAGCUCCAUACUUGAUCAAGUGAAAAGGAAGAUGUCAAACUGGAAGGUAAACAUGCUAUCUAAAGGUGGCAAGGAAAUACUACUGAAGUCAGUUUUACAGGCCAUCCCAACGUAUAGCAUGGGUAUAUUUCUCCUGCUAAAAGCUAUUUUGAGAAGACUUAACCAGCUCUUACAGUCUUUCUGGUGGGGCCAAAAGGAAAACAGAUCCAAGAUUCACUGGAUCAGCUGGAAGGACAUGGGAAAACAGAAGAGCAAGGGAGGACUGGGCUUUAGGGACUUUGAGCAAUUCAAUUUGGCCUUGCUAGCAAAGCAAGGGUGGAGGCUCCUACAAGCUCAAACCUCCCUUGCUGCAUAG